AUGCCAUCGGAGCGCAUCGUGCGAUCUGUCGAUGACGACGGGCUAGCGAACUAUCGAACAAGUGUCGUAUACUGUAAGUGGGAUCGGCAUGAUCGAGCUGAGCGCAGUCAAUCCAGCGAUAUUGACGGAGCGGCAAGCCUCAAUGAAGGCGAGUGGUACAGAUUGGCCAAGAGCAGCAGCAGCAGCAGCAGCAGCAGCAGCAGAGCGCCUGGUUCAUCUAGAAAUGAAGGUCAACCAGGCAAGUCAACAUCAACGCUGUUCGGGGAGGAAGGGCCCAAAGCCGUCCGAUGUCUCGGCGGCAGCUCGUCCGUCCCAUUUCGAGCCGUCAUAUCAGUAGGAUUGUCACAUGCGCUCGCCAUCACGGCACGUAGCAAUUGGAGCAUGCAACUGAUCUCCAACGCUGUUCACAGCCUAGACUCCCGCAGCGCGGUCGAAUGUGGCCCAAGCUGCUCAGGCGGAUCUCAUGUCCCUCGCGAUGGUGCAGCAACGUUCUAG